AUGAGCAGCCUGAUCGGAAGCUUAGUUCCUUUGUUCAGGCGCAGCUUUCUACAGCUGACUACCGUACGAACUUAUGCAACACCAAAGGCUGGCGGCGCCCUGGGUGGAUCGAAAAAGAAAAAACUCGGCAAACUUGGUCCAACAGUAGAGAAAAAAGAAAUUCCCGUCGAAACGGACACAGCACGGCUGGUAAAUUAUGUAUGCGGCAGCAACAUAUUGAAACAGGGUGAGGAUGUUAAAAUUCAGCCCGACACAGAAUAUCCCGAAUGGUUGUGGAAGUUACAUGUAGGUGCCCCACUUACGCUCGAAGAAAUGGAUCCCAACACGAAAGCCUACUGGAGAAAGCUAAGGCGAAUGGCGUUACAGCGCAAUAAUAAGCUAGCCAAGUUAAAGAAAUUUUAG